AUGGUCUUGUCUCAAGGUGACAACGGCAGCUCGCUGCCAUCUGCUUCCCACCAGCAGCAGAUCCAACAGCCUGCAGGAUCCCUCGAGCCUCCUUGCCGACGCAAAACCUUCUACAUUCACCCCGAAUGGCCCCGAGGUCUUAGAACUCACCUCUCUGGCCACAUGUAUGUCGAGAGCCUUGAGCCAGAGAACGUGACGCAACCCUAUCCUCUGGUUCUCAUUCAUGGUGAUUUCCAUAGCGGAAAGGUCUGGCUGGACAAGCCGGACGGAAAUCCGGGAUGGGCAGCCUACUUCUUGAAGCAAGGCUAUCAUGUGUAUUUGGUGGACCUGCCUGGAGUUGGACGAUCCGGAAAGCAUCCCUCGGCCAUGGGAGGCAACAUGGCUAAACUGAGCUCCCUCACGCCCCAAACGGUCGAGCAAGAGCUUACCUGCCCGGAGAAGUACCCUUGGCAUCAGGCGAGUUCUUGGGAAACCGUUGCUCGUCAUACCCAAUGGCCAGGUCGACAAACCCAAGCCCAGGAGGCACUUUCCGCCCUGCUUCAGAGAACUGGAAAAGCCGUCCUCAUCGGUGAGGGGACUGGAUGCAUUAUGGCUUGGCUAACAACAGAUGUGAUGCAUGGUCUGGUUGCUGGAGUCCUGAGUAUUGAACCUUCCGGACCACCUUUUGGGAGCGCCCGGAGCAGAGGCAGACUCUAUGGUCACCGUGCUGUGUUUGACCCAGAGGUCAGAGAAUGGGGCCUGGCAGAUAUCCCUUUGACGUACGACCCUCCCCUUCCCAAGCCAGAGGCCAUCAUCCCAGACCCAACUGUGGACAGGAGAAAUAACCCCCUCUUCCCUCUUUGUGAAUACACUAACCCAGAGGAUCCCCGCAAAUCAUGCUUCAUGCAGAAUCCCGUCAGGGUUACGGAUGGAGGCGAGAUGAUCUUCCACCAGCUUAUUCACUUGAAAAAGGUUCCCCACGCCGUCAUCACGGCCGAGGCCAGCUCGCACUCGAUCUUCGACUGGGCCACUGUGGCAUUCAUGAAGCAGGCGGGAUUACAAGUCAACUGGCUCCGCCUCGAGCAAUUGUGCAUUCGCGGAAACGGCCGCCUGAUGUUUCUGGAGAAGAACAGCGACGAAAUUGCCCUGGUACUUCACAAGUGGAUGGCCCGGCUGCCAGCUGUACAGCAGAGAAUGGUUGUGCCUGCGCCUGCGCCUGCACUUGAGACUAUACCCAAGCCCGUGCCGGGGCCCAAGUCUGCACCAGCGCCCGUGAGCGAGGUAGCAAAUGGUGUGGUUAGUUCAUCCUGCUUGUGGACGUUGUUCUGGGGAAAGCUAAUGAUGAAUAUGGUGAUAAAGCAUACGAUCAAUUCAGGUCCUUCUAGCACCCCUGUGGUUCAGCCUCAGGGUGUGGAGGCCCAGCAUCAGAUCGAAGCAGGGUGGCAGUUUGUUUAA